UCGCAAAAUUUUUUCCGGUUCAGAAGUGUCCAGAUCUGGCGCGCCUCUUGGCCACGCCUUGCAACGUCUCCUCACGCCUUCCCCGCUCUAAACGUGCAACUCGCGAAACAGCCGACCGCCUCGGGCGACUUCCUGCCGCCUCUCUCCGACGCGCUCGCCGACGCGCGCGAAGGCAUGCCUUUGAAAACUCUGCUCAGGAGCUUUCUGACACUUCCCCAGAUAUGCAGUACAAGGAUACUCAAGUUUCAGUGCCUCCCCGUGCAUCCGAUCCUGGCUGGGCUCAUGGUAUUAUGGUGAAUGGAGGUCGCCAGAAGAUUAAGUGCAAAUACUGCCAUAAAGUAAUGCUUGGGGGUGGAAUUUCCAGACUAAAACAGCAUUUGGCUGGGGAAAGGGGGAAUGUAGCUCCGUGUGAGGAAGUACCUGAAGAAGUUAAAGUGCAGAUUCAACAACAUCUUGGUUUUAAAGUACUGGAGAAGCUUAAAAAACAGAAAGGAUUAAGUAAUAGCAAGGAUUCCGCACCCUACUUGCAGUAUAGGGAAGAAGGAGAAAAUGAAGAUGGAAUGAGAACUCAAAAGACCGUUUGCACACGAGGCAAGCGAAGGAGAAGGGAAAAAGAGGCUAUGGAAUGCAUUUCAAAUCAAAUGAAGAAGCACAAAAAACAUUCUUUCCCUGCUGCAACAACUAUUGUUGCUCAACCUUUACAUCAGAGUUUUGCUUCUCAAGAGAUCAUAGCCCAAGCUGAUUUGGCUGUUGCAAGAUUUAUGUAUGAAUCCGGUAUACCAUUCACUGCUGCGAAUUCGCAUUUUUAUCAACAGAUGGCUGAUGCCAUUGCUGCUGCAGGACCUGGCUAUAAGAUGCCUUCUUAUCAUGCUUUGAGGGGAAAACUGUUGAACAAAAGCGUUCAGGAUGCAGAAGAAUAUGAAGAGGAACUCAGAAAAUCUUGGGAUGUGACUGGGUGUUCUGUCAUGGUUGAUAGGUGGGUGGAUAAAACUGGUAAUUCAGUUAUAAACUUCUUUGUAUACUGUCCUAAAGGCACUCUGUUCCUCAAAUCUGCAGAUGCAUCAGACAUUUCAGAAUGUCCAGAUGCACUUCUUAAUUUAUUUGACUGCGUUGUUCAAGAAGUUGGGCAUAAGAGGAUUGUUAAUUUUGUCACAGAUGCUUCAGCCAGUUGUAAAGCUGCAAGAAAACUUCUAAUGGAGAAAUAUAAAACCUUUUUCUGUAGUACGUGUGGUGGAUAUGGUAUUGAAUUAAUGCUUGAGGAAAUUGGAAAAAUGAAUGAAGUUGAAGAGGUCUUGGCAAAGGCAAAAAAGAUUACCCAAUUUAUAUACAACAGUGCUUGGAUGCUUAAUCUAGUGAGGAGGAAAACAGGUGGAAGAGACAUAGUCCAGCUUGCAAGCACAAGAUUUGCUUCCACCUUCCUGACACUACAGAAUAUGGUAGCUUUGAAGCACCGGCUCAAAAAGAUAUUUGCCAGUGCUGCUUGGAUGCAUUCAACCUUCUCCAAGCAAAAGGCUGGACUUGAGCUGGCAGAGAUUAUUGCGGACCAACUUUUCUGGUCACUGUGUGAUCAAAUUCUGAAGGUGACUAAGCCCCUACUUUCUGUUUUUCAGCUUAUGGACUGCGAGGAGAAGCCAUCUGUUGGCUAUUUGUAUGAUGCAAUGGAAAAAGCAAAGAAAAGUAUAAUUGUGUCAUUUGACAAUAAGGAAUCUGACUACGUGCCAUAUCUGGAGAUUAUUGAUCACAUUUGGCAAGAGGAGCUUCAUAGUCCCCUUCAUGCAGCUGCAUACUAUCUCAACCCAUCUAUAUUUUAUAACCCUAGCUUUUCUACUAACAAAGUCAUCCAGAAGGGAUUGCUGGACUGUAUUGAAACCUUAGAGCCUAACUUAACAGCUCAAGUUGUGAUUACGAGCAAUAUAAAUUUCUACGAGGAAGCUGUAGGGGAUUUUGGUCGACCUGUCGCAUUACGUUGUCGAGAAUCAUUGGCCCCAGCUACUUGGUGGUCACUGUAUGCAGCAGAUUAUCCCGAUCUCCAACGAUUAGCUGUCAGGAUACUAAGUCAAACUUGCAGCAUUAUUCGAUAUAAGCGGAGUAGGACCAUGUUUGAACGUAUGUGCUCAAAGAAAAAGAACCGAUUGGAGCAGCAAAGGUUCAACCACCUUGCAUUUGUUCAUUAUAACUUGCACCUUCAACAUAGGCGUUCUGAAGCAAGUAAAGCCAUUUAUACAAGAGGUACACUCGAUCCUAUAUGCUUAGAAGCUAUCGAUGCCAACAUGGGAGAUUGGGUGGAAGAUCUGGGAGCUAUUGGCAGCGAUGGCCUAAGCUGGAUGGACGUGACAGUCCCUGGUGAGUGGAAAUUUUUGAAUCAUAGAGUAGAGAAUAUGGAUGACUGUAAUGACAGUACAGAUGAUAGGGGUAGUGAUGAUGGGAGAGGUGUGGACACAAAUGAUGACAUGUAGUAUAGAAUAUCACAAUGGUUGUAAUGACUGUACAGAUUACUCUGCUAGUUGGUGGCAUUAGUUUCUUUCCUUAUAUUCGAGUAUGAAUUGCUGGAUAUAACGGAUGUUAAUA